AUGGAUCCAUCCACUUCCACUUCCAACCAUGCUUUAGAAUUACAGAACCUUAACUCAGUUUCUAGUGGGAACCAGCAGGAUGUCACAUACAUGCCUCCUGAAAUUUACAGGGCUGCAGCACAAGGCGCCACCCAUAUUAUCCUCAGCAAAAUGCCCAGAGAUGUCCAAUAUUUAACACCCAAAAAGAACACUAUACUCCAUAUUGCAGCCCAAUUCGGUCAACCGAAGUGCGUUGCAUGGAUCAUUCGACAUUACAGUGGGGAUUCAUCCCCACUGCAGUGGCCCAAUCUGAAAGGGGACUCCCCCCUCCACCUUGCGGCGAGAGAAGGGCAUCUAGAGGUCGUGAAGGCUAUUAUUCGUGCUGCGAAAACAGUUUCCGAAAGAGAUAUUGAGAGUGGGAUUGGAGUGGAUAAGGCAAUGCUGAGGAUGACCAACAAUGAGCAUGACACAGCCUUGCAUGAGGCAGUCCGGUAUCAUCAUCCGGAGGUGGUGAAGUGGUUGAUCGAGAAAGAUCCCGAGUUUACAUAUGGUGCUAACUUUUCUGGUGGGACUCCUCUAUACAUGGCUGCUGAGAGAGGGUUUAGAGACUUGGUGAAAAUAAUCAUAGAGAAUACUACUCUCACUCCACCGGCUCACACUGGCCCCAUGGGUAGAACAGCUUUGCACGCAGCUGUGAUUGGCCGUGACCCAAUAAUGGUAUAA